GAGCGAAGCCUCUCCCAUACAGAUGAGCGCCCGGGAGCCACGCACCUCUUGACGUAGCCACAGACCGUUUGCGGUGCCACUCGGGCUCCGUCAGCACGUAUUGCGCAACGUGACCGAUGCUCAACUGGCUCCGCGGCGGGGAAACAUCCGGCUCCCACCGUCGCGUGAAUCCAUCAGGGAAGGGGGAAAAGUGAUCUCGGAACGCCGGGACAUCAGCGGCGAACGCCUCCGAGGCGCCUGGAGGAGAAGCCGUGCGCCGCCGCUGCUCACCGGACUGAACCCUCCCCUCGUCGUCGCCACCGGGAGAGAUGAGUUGAGCGCGCGGCGUCGGCGGUGCAGUCGUGAUGUGACUGUGUGAGCGCACGAUCCUCCGCUUGACGACUUUAUCCACCGGGACAUGAUGGGAACGGGGAGAAUUUGAGUGAGGCUGAGGUGAUGGCUUCGUGUGACAGCGUGCAGUCAGUGCAGCAGCAGCAGCAGCAUCCGCGGAGCGAGCCGUGGCCACAGCUGGAAUAGAGAAGCAAUGUCCGUGGGUACCGAGCCUCCCUCACCCCGUUGUCAGCAGCGUCUGUGCGCGCCCUCGGUUAUCCUCCCCGGGGGUUUUCGCUAAAGACGAAGCUCACACUGUUUCCCCCCCCUUGUGAGGAGGAGGGCAUCCACCUGGAGGAGAGGAGAGGUCGCUGUUUGAGAUAAGGCCGGGCUCCGCAGCGCGCUCCCCGCAUCCUCCGCGGCGCCACUGUGCCGCCAGCGCUGCGCUAUUUUGACUUAAUGGCACUGGACAUCCAAACCAUCCCCACCUGAGUCUUUAAAUACCUUCACAGCCACUGUCGGUCGACGUGAGGACCAGAGCAGCGCAGCGUCUAUGCACCUCAGUUAGGCUGCACCUCCCCGGAGAGGACUUCUUGCCAUUGAGAGCUGGAUAUGCAGAGAUUAACGUGAAAAAAAAGGAUGGAUCUAAUUAUCUGUGUUUGGGGGCUGCUGGCGCUGAUCGUGGAGGGCAUCCGUUGCCAAGGAGUGUAUGCACCCCCGACUGUUCGCAUUAUACACUCAGGGCACGCCUGUAAUGUGGAGGAGGAGCGGCACACCGAGAGAGUCUACACCAUCCGGGAGAGAGAGACCCUGGAGCUCACCUGUUUGGUUACGGGGCAUCCGCGGCCACAUAUCCGCUGGACCAAGACAGCCGGCAGUGUGUCGGACCGCUUCCAGGACUCCAGUGUGUUCAAUGAAACGUUGCACAUUUCCAAGAUCCUGAGGACCCAGGGAGGUCGCUACUACUGCAAGGCAGAGAACGGCCUCGGCUCGCCCGCCAUCAAGUCCAUCAGGGUGGAUGUCUACUACCUUGACGACCCGGUGGUGACCGUGCAUCAGAGUAUAGGCGAGGCUAAGGAACAGUUCUACUACGAGAGGACCGUGUUCCUCCGCUGCGUGGCCAAUUCCAACCCGCCUGUCCGCUACAGCUGGCACCGCGGGAGGGAGGUCCUGACGCAGGGCUCGGACAAGGGCGUGGAGAUCUACGAGCCAUUUUUCACGCAGGGGGAAACGAAGAUUCUCAAGCUGAAGAACCUGCGGCCUCAGGACUACGCAAACUACAGCUGCGUCGCCUCCGUCAGAAAUGUGUGUGGGAUCCCCGACCGCAGUGUCAUCUUCAGACUCACCAAUAAGACAGCCUCCCCAUCCAUCAAGCUGCUGGUGGAGGAUCCCAUCGUGGUCAAUCCUGGCCAGACGGUAUCGCUGGUGUGCAUCACCACAGGCGGGGAGCCUCCCCCCAUGCUCACCUGGCUCAGCAGUAAUGAAAGCCUGCCGCAGAGGAGCGUAGUGAAGGGGGGUACGCUCACGCUGCCCGCCAUCUCCUCAGAUGAGGCGGGGGUGUACAGCUGCGUGGCCAGCAACAAUGUGGGAAACCCGGCGAAGAAGUCCACCACCAUUGUUGUGCGAGCUUUGAAAAAGGGACGAUUCUGGAUCACUCCUGACCCCUACCACAACGACGACAACAUACAGAUUGGACGUGAAGUCAAGAUAUCUUGUCAGGUGGAAGCGACCCCACCAGAGGAGCUGACGUUUAGUUGGCUGAAGAACGGGCGUGGGCUGCGGAGCUCGGAGCGUAUGGUCAUCACCCAGACGGACCCUGACAUCUCCCCAGGGACCACCAACCUGGACAUCAUAGACCUCAAGUUCACCGACUUCGGCACGUACACCUGCGUGGCCGCUCUGAAGGGAGGAGGCAUCCCCGAGAUCAGCAUCGACGUCAACAUCUCAUCCACAACUGUCCCUCCUCUGUUUUUCUCUUUCUUAGUUCCCCCCAACCUGACAGUCCCUCGGGGCAAGUCCCCCCUGGUGGCCCGCGAGGGUGACACAGUGGAGCUGGAGUGCCUUGUUUCAGGAAAGCCCAAGCCCAUCAUCCUGUGGUCGCGAGCAGAUAAGGAGGUGCCGAUGCCGGACGGCAACAUGCAGAUGGAGAGCUAUGAUGGCGUGCUGCGUAUUGUUAAUGUCUCCAGGGAGAUGACGGGCUCGUACCGCUGCCAGACCAGCCAGUACAAUGGCUUCAACGUGAAGCCCAGAGAGGCCGAGGUGGAGCUGAUCGUACAAUACCCGCCGACAGUGGAACCGGUUUACAGCGAGAUGCGUCAGGGCCUCGGGAGACCUGUGGUGAUGACCUGCAGGGUGCUGCGAGCCCACCCCUCCCGUGUGCUAAGAUUCGAGUGGCUUCUAUCAAACCGGCUGCUCCACGCCGGAGCAUUCGACGCCCAAAAAGAUGAGACGGAGUACACGAUCCGCAGCCUCAACCGCGACGGCUGGGGGGAGUACACCUGUAAUGUCAUCAACGAGGCCGGUGCAGGCAAAUGCACCUUCCAGGUCACAGGAAAGGCCUUCGCCCCUGAGUUCUACUAUGACACCUACAGCCCUCUGUGGCAGAACCGACCCAGAAUCUACGGCUUCAAGCUCCAGUGGACCCAGAUGAACCCCAACGCUGUGGACCGCAUUGUUGCCUACAGACUUGGCAUCAAACAGAUGGGGUUGCAGCGCUGGUGGGAACAUGAGAUCCCUGUGGAUGGAGCAAUCAACAAAGGGGAGCUCAUGACGCACAACCUGACUGAGCUGAUAAAGCCUGAGUCCUUUGAAGUGCGCCUCUGCCCCAUCACGCGGUUCGGAGAGGGUGAUUCCACCAUCCGUAUCAUCACCUACAGCGCUCCCAUCAACCCUCAUCUGAGAGAGUUCCACUGCAGCUUUGAGGAGGAGCCCAUCUGCAUGUUCACCCAGGACAAGAACGAUGAUUUCGAUUGGACACGGCACAGCGCUGCCACCCGUGACACCAAGUACACACCCAACACCGGGCCUAGUGGUGAUCGCAGUGAUUCCAAGCAGGGUUUCUACAUGUACAUUGAGACGUCGAGGCCGCGGAAGGAAGGGGAGCAGGCGCGACUCGUAAGCCCGUUCUUCAACGUAGCACCUAAAAACCCCUACGGUAUCACCAACCCACCUGCCUACUGCUUCAGCUUCUUCUACCACAUGUAUGGAAAACACAUAGGAACCCUGAACGCCUUCCUAAAGCAGAAGGGCCAAACGACCUCCGAGGGUCCCGUGUGGUUGCUAAGUGGUAACCAAGGUGACCGUUGGAAGCAGGCCAAAGUAAGCAUCCACCCGACAGCGUCCUUCCAGGUGGUCCUGGAAGGUGUCCGGGGACCGGGUAUCGAAGGAGACAUCGCCAUCGAUGACGUCACGCUGGAGGAAGGGGAGUGUCGAGACCCUCCGCCCAAUCUCAGCGCUGAGGCUCCGUCAACAUCCUCCCAUAUAUGGCUGCUAUGCAUCACCCUGGUGAUGACCCUCCUCGAAGGUCAGAGGUGACCCUCCUCUCCGUCACCUCAGAGGCAAAUAUUCAGACCCACCGUCUGUGAGCUAUCCUCGGCAUCCAAUCACCAAAGAUUCAUGCAUCCUGAAAGCAGCAGGGGUCCUCUGACGGACCGCGGAGGGACCCAAAUCAAUAAAAGAGAAAAAAAAUUGUGAUGAAAACGUUACACAAAAAUUAAUAAAGAAGUUGCGCUAAUUUUUUUAAAGAGACCUCUUUUACAGAAAACACUCCUCGGUGCAGGACUCGGGACGUCUUUACGAGCACAAAGACAGGCGGGCCGCGAGUGAAGCCUGGACUUUGGUGAAAGACUUCUCAAGCGUCGAGGGAGGACAGUUUGUAAAGCACAAGAACUAUUUUAUGAAGUCAUGAAAAUAUCUUUGGAGGGAGGCGGAAUAUAGACUCUGCUGACUUUUUCAAAUGGAAAUAACAUUUCCCUGCUUACGAAUACACGGAGUCAGACCUUUCUCUGUGUAUCUUUAUCUUCAUUUUCUUGCACCAGAUGCCAAUCCCCCCCGACACUUGUUUUUCACUCAAGCCCAGCCUCACAUCACAUCCUGGCAUUUCCUUAUCUGCUUGGUGCUGUACUGUAGAUAAACAAGGACUCCGGCAACUUUUUAGUUCUGUCUGCUUACUCCCCCUGUAGCUGCCUAUGUAUCUUUUAACACUGUGCUCACGAGUCCAAGUGGCCAACCGACGGAAUGGUGGCAGAACAAUAAACGAAGGAAGAAUCAGCGAAGGUGUAGACAGCUGGACUGGAGGGCAGAAGAAGGUUCGAGCUUGUGAGUUGAAAUAAGAGGAAGGGGCGGAAAGAGGGGCGGAGGGAGGAAGAGGAGGAACAGGCAGAGAAAGGUCAGAUUAGUCAGGCCUGACUCCGAUAUUCAGUCAGCGGUCCACCUGUGGAGCCGAAGCCACUUUACUUUCUGCCAUGAAACAAAGUGCCUUCAGAUUACAAACCGAAUCGUGAGCCUGGGCGUUAACCAACAUCGAACACAUCUCUGUUCAUGUUUCCUCUGAUGGGCUAUUUUCUACAUGUUUCUUUUGCCCCACAAGUGCUGAUGGGAGGACACACGCGUUCAGAGGGAAUACGGGGGGGUCGCGCAACACCUGGAUCUUACUGCUGACGAUGGGACAGUUGCCAGUGUGUGUGUGUGUGUGUUUGUAUGCGAGUGUGUGUCUGUGUGCGUGCAUGCGCCCAAGCCUAUGCCUACGCGUAGUUCAAUGUGGGGGCAGCCGCCCGGGCGGUGCUGGCAGACCCCGAGCACAGGUUUGGAAACAGUUUGGAUCAAAAGCAGCGGCAACGGUGAGAGUGAGGCCCUGGAUCUUUUUUGCAUAAGGAUAGUUUAAGAUCAGGCAGGAGGAUAAAGACACUUUGUUGAAUUAAUUCCCAACUCUCUUCCCAUAAUUCUCCCUCUCUUUGUUUUUUUUGAACAAAAGAAAAGAACAACUGCUGAAUAAAACAUUGUGUUGUACAGGGAGGGGAGUAGGAACCUUUGGACUGCAGGCUCUGCAUUAGGGGGAUUGGCCUCGCCCCUGUGCUCCACCAUUUAUAUGGAACAAUAUGAGAAUAAAAGAUAAUAAUGACCAUAAUAAUAGUCAUGAUAUUUUAUUACUCUAGCGAGAAUGUUUCUCUGCUUUUACACAAACUGUGAAGAUUGACUGUGGAAGAUCUACCUGAGACCAUAACCUUAACCAGCGGGGUUUUUAAAAAAUGUAUUGUAAAAAAGAGAAAAUAAGAAAAUGAAAAAUUCCGUUCAUUGUUGGUUAUGACAAAUGUUUUGAGGACUUGUGUCUUGUUUCUUAUUUUUUCCGUUGAAGAUGACUUAACUUCCUUUCUCUUCUUGUUGUCUCCCUUUGCAUUGCUGAAGUAUCAAAGCCGAUGGAAGCAUAAGAACCAAUUUGGUAACUGUAUAACUUGUAAAUGUUAAAGAAGCUCUAUUCAAAGGUUUAUGAUAAAUGUUUUAUGUUGGAGUACAGGAAGCACAACAGUUCAAGGUCUCGACAUAUAAAAUCCAUUUCAUAUUUCUCCGCACAUGCGUGACCUACUUUCACAACUUCAGGCUUCACCACACUUCGGAAACAAAUCCACACUUAACGGCGAGUUGUUCCAUUUGUUCCUCGUUAAAUUCAUAUUUAUAGUGCGACCACAAUGCAAGGAGACACGAAGGGAAGCCAGUCAGUGGAUGAGAUCUUCAUGAAACGUGACGGGGGGGGGGGGUUUAAAGGUUCAUGGUGUUGUGGUUGCUCAGCGUAUGUAGCCUCUUCAGUGGAAGCCUGGGUCGGUCCAAGUGGGUCACGUACAUGUGUGAGCAUAAAGCUGUGUACAAAUAAGUGUGAAAAGAAACUGAUACAUGUAAAGAAGAUAAAUAUGCGAAGCAAAACAGAGCAGAAUGAUGAACAUUUCAGGGCAUCCGUACCAUAGCAUUAUGGUCUGUACGAUAUUAUUACAGAGAUGUUGGUAUUAUAUGCUGUCCAUUUCUCUUUUUCUUUUCUUUUAUUAGAUAAUUUCAGACGUUUUCUUUUUUUUCAUUUCCGUAUUUUGAUUUCCAUGAGGCCCAGAUCAAAAUGAAUGUAAAUGGAGUUCUGGGGACAGUUGUUCUUUUUUUUCUUACGGUCUUACUAGAUGUAAUGUUUUACUAAAACAUAUGUUAUUUUUGCGGGGAUGUGCUUUCGAUGAUGAGAACUUUCAGACUCUCCCAGGCUGUUUCGGACACAUCGAGAACCGGACGUCCAUCCGACCCUUGACACAGACUUUGACACAACUUCCAAAAAUAGAAGUUCAGAUAAAAUCAUCCAUUAGCUCUAUCGCUAUAUCCUUCUGUAGUAUAGUAUGAUUAAAAGUGCCAAAGUGCCCCGUGUAGUUGUCAGUGUUACUAAGUCUGGAGUUUCUGAAGACGGUUUUGGGAACUGUUUCUGUUACAGCCACCCUGAGCACUUGGUCUCUUAUUCAUGACGUGAGCAGAAAAGCAGCAGAUGAUAUGAUGAGAAAUUUACUUUUAAACAAAUUGUAAGAAUUUACAUGACAUUAAAAAAAAGCUAUGGUAUUUGGUAUUGUUGUCAGUGGUCUGAGGGAACACGGUUUCAUUUUUCACAUAACUGCCUUGUGUUUGAUUCAGAUUUAUUAAUCCCAGGGGAGUCAUUCAUUUCCACCGUUAGUAGAAUUAGAUGAAAACAUCAGUACCGUCACAUAUCUGUCCAUUAGUUAGCUAAGCUUAUCUUAGGACAGUAAACUCUCAGCAGCUCCUUGACUGUUCACUAGUUAACACUUUAUAUAUCUUUUGUUUAAUCUGUGCAAAAACUAAAGACUAAAAACAAGUUUCAUAUUGGUUGUCACAAAACGAUGUCAGGAAGUCACUGCUUGUGGCCAAGAAAUAGUCGUGCAAUAGUAACUAAUGUGUGUAAAACCACAAAUGGUUGUACAUUUUUUGUACAAAUUAAAUAACUGAGAUAUAUGAUUUUUUCAUUCUCCGUUAGCUGCAUUGAGACUUCCUGCUAAGCCAGGCUAACUGGCUACUGGUAGAUUCAUAUUAAAUGUAAGGAUAUAAAAGAUAUUUGAUCUUAUUCUGGAUAAGCCAGUUAAUAAGUGUAUGUCUCUAAAUGUCAAACUACUCCCUUUUGCACUGAGCUAGAACCAGGAGGUGAGCUCGCUUGGCUCUUUUCAAAGUUCACAAAACAUAUUUCCCAGCACCUUUAAAUCUCGAUAAUGAACAAGUAUUUCAGAAAAUAUCAAACUAUUGCUUUAUAACAACGGAGUUUAAAAGUAUGCAAAACUUCCCUUUCAAUUAACAUACUAAAAAGAUCAUUUUUUUGUAGGUCGUAAUUAUGUCGGUUUCCGAAAAGAUGAAAGACCUCAUCUCAUCCUAACUUUGUGGUGUAUUAAAAAUGGGGUACAUUCAUACACAUCUGCAAAAUCUUCAUCUGUGUGAAGGAAAUAUUGUCUCAUUUUCCCAGAGUCGCAACUGAAAUUAGACGGUGAAAUGCAUAAUUAUUUGUGUUGAUGGUAAAACAGCUCCCACCGUAUCGUUGAGUUAGGUUUCUGUCGUGUCAGCCUCUGCCCUGUAGUGCAUACGAGGGACGUGAGCCCGGUGAGUGGCUUACACACUCUGCCCUGUUUAUUGAUAACAGUCUUCUAAGCUCCUUCGAAGUACAAUUGGAGGGGAUUAACAGUUUUUGAAUAUGUAAAUGUGACAGUUUGCUUUCUCGCAGUGUUCGCUGUACUUCUGUAGCUGUGGAAGUAGCGUUUUGAUUGGUUUAGGGCUGAAUGUGCUCCGAAUCUUUUUUUUCCAGACGUGAGGUUUUCCCCACCAGUACAGACAGUAAAUAGCCGAUCAGAUGUUUCUUACAGCAGCCACAGAAAGUUUUACACGUGUAGGAGCAUAAAACUUAAGUGCUCAAACCGAUGUGGUGAUAGUGCCAUAUUUUUUUAUAGAUGUUAUAAAAAAUAAAAUGACCUUUUUUUCUGUUUUCCUCUUGUAGACCUUUCAUGAUAAAAUAAAAUGGCAAAAUCUCUAUUUAUUAUAGAUUUUUUCUAUAAAUUGAUAGUUUAUUCUGUCAGUACUGCAAUCCAGUACCACUGACUAGUCAUAAACACUGCUUUGAUUUAAUACAGAUUAUUAAAGUAUAAGAGCAGGCGGAGCAUUGAGGUCAUAUCCACACUAAGUGGCUGCCUUACAACCACUGGCUUAAAUAGCUGACUAAUAAAGUCCAAUUAGGGCUGGACUAUAUUUCCAAAAAUGUUAGUGAGAUACAAUUUUCAGAUUGUUCAAUAUCGAUAAUCAUUACAAUAAAAGUCAAAUCUUUCCUUUUAUUAAGAAUUCAUUAUUUUCUCAUAUAGUGUAAAGACGGUUCCUGAGUGACGGUUGUGGUUUUAAACUCGUCUUUCUGAGGUCAAUCUGUGUCAUACCUCCUCACUGUGCUCACACAGAACAUACACAUUAUAUCCAUAUAUACUUUGUUUUAUUGCUAUUGAUGACAAUUAUAUCACAAUGAUUAUUGUUGUUGUUUUAUCUGCCAGCCCUGCAUCCAACCAGCAGAGCGUCGCUUUUAUAACCAGAUACUUCUCACUAUAACUGCUGAUACAUUUUCUAUAAAUCCUCAAUUCCUCAACAUGCCUCAGACCAAACUAUACAGAUUUACUGUUGACGUCACGAUUAAUUUAUCUAUGUUUUCAUUUGUGAAGUUGUACAUUGUGAUAAAGUUUUGAUCCUAUUAUAUUUAUACCCUCAUAUGUGAGUAACUGUACACGAGGUGGACAAAGUUUCAGGUCAUCUUCCAGUAUGAUGUAAUCGGGUGAAACCAACAGAAAGUGCAGCCCUGAAAAUUUCACUGGAAUUAUAAAAACACAAAAAAAGUAAAAAAGUAAAGCUGUGCUCUCAGCAAACACAGAACCUUAAGAAAUAUGGGGUUCGAGUUGGUAGUAUCGCACUGCUAUACAUUUUAAUGGUCCCAGUGUAAGCUAGAAAUUGCCUUUUUUCCUUUGUAGCGCUGCUGAAAACAAACAACACAAAUCAAUCUUUAUUGCAUGGGAAGAGGCAAUAACCAUUUGGUGGAUGGGAGGAGGGAGGCAGUAUAUGCUGGGCAGGGUACACAGACAGAGAUGGUGUUUUCCUCUUUGAAUGCAGUUUCACCUUGCAGCACUGAAAACAUUUGACCUGCUUCCUUUGUGUCACGUAAAUAUUCACAUUCAUCAAACUGGAAAGAAAACAACAGCGUUGGAUACUGUGAGGUCCUGGAACACUGAGGAAACAAACAAGGCCUCGUUUUCAAUGCUGUUUCAUAUUAGAUUCUGUUUUAAAAAAGCAAAAGAUGAUUUCCUUUGUGCAUCGAUAACUUCAUGAAUGAAUUAUGCGGUUGUGCAUGAAUGUACCCAGUGCUUACAAUAACACCAUUAUAAUGGAGGUGCUGAAGGAUUUAAAGGCUGAGGUCUGUCGGAGUUAGUGCAGGCUGUAGAUUGAACUUAAUUAAUGUAACAUGCAAUAUGCCUGAACAAUAUUCCCACGUUCUUUCGUAAAUUUGAUGAAAAGUAUCCCCGCGAGUACAAGCAUGGCCAGUUGCUAUUUGAGAAAGGAGAAUUAAAAUCAAAACAUUGCCUCAUUGUUGAAAAAGCAAGAAAGUGAAGCUCUGUUCAGUUGUGCAGCUGAACUCAAGCAGUUUCCAAUUAUAUUUCAUUGAACAGUGUUUUUAACGACGUUUAGCUGCAAUCGUCACAUUUUCGCAUUUAACCGCUCGGUGCCGAGUGCUUCGGGGGUCUCUUAAAGGAACAGUCCCCACAUUUCCUUCUGAGCGGAUUUGUUCUCAUUUUCUGUUCGACCUAUGAGAAGGGCUUUGUCACAUCGUGCCAUUCAUCACCCCCGCGAAAAAGAGAGAAGAAAACAUUCAUGAUUGCAGCUGGUCGUCCUAAUUACGACUAUCCAUACCCAGCUCUCUUGGUAUCGAUUCAGCUCAGACGGGCGCCCAACAGGCGGAGCAGCACUGUGGUUUGACCUGCGCUGGCAGAGCCGACAGUCAAAGAGACUUUGGCAGUUUAAAUGUUGCUAUAAAAGACUCAAACAGGGAAGAAAAUGCCACCGUAAACGUGAAACUUAAAUUGCGGUUUCUGAAUAUUUGGUGAAUUUCUUUCACUCCCGCACAAAGGCUUGGCGCUGGUGAGUGACUUGUUGACAGGAGGCCGACUGCAGCCGCGCUAAAGACCAACAAAAAGGUAGACGUGCCCCAGAGAUCUGGUUUUACACUGACAGAAGCCGUGUGAUGCCAAGGCUGCUCCGCCUGACAACUUUAUUAGAGGGGGGGGACUGCCACCUCCCUUGGUAACGGCCUCUUUCUGGUGUAGGAGUGAAUCUCACCUCUUCUCGCUCGUCCGUCUGUCCUCACCUUCUCUCUCACCUGCUCUGAUCAGGAGUCACAGGCCAGGCCGGAGCAACACGUACGCUCACACAGACUCCCCUUCUUUCCAUGUCAGGUUAAUAACCAUCAGUGCAUUUGAAUGUUUGACCCCUGCACACACACACACACACACACACACACACACACACACAUGCUCUUGUCCCCUGGAAAUUACGAGAUUGGCUGCUGUCAUACGGAGGUCGUGGAGGAGGCUGUGUUUCAGUGAUGUUAUCUAUCUUGUUCUGUGCUGACAACCUGUAACGAUGAUGACCUGUCACUCUUCUCUGUUUUCUGCUCUAUAUUUAUAUAAAGUAUGAUCAGGCUUCUUUUUUCACUGUAUUUCUUUGAAUUUGUCACCCAUUUUUUGUGCCAUACCUGCAACUAAUGAAAAAAUAAAGAAAAGGAAUAUUUUA